AUGUCCACCAACAAACCCGGAGCGACGCCAUCGUCGGGGACCUUCAUGGUCAUCAACUUCGAGCCCAAUCCGGCCGACGACAAUGCCGACAGCAGCCGCAUCGUGCUCAACUACGAAAUCGAUCCGAGGCUGGCAGAGGUCAUCACAGUCGUCGGCGAGACAUGGCUAUACCAACCCAGCCACAAUAAAUCUUCUAGUUGGGAACCCCUCGGCGAUGGGAGGCAAACCCCAGGCGCCGUUCUAGGCAUUUUGCGGCCUCGUCAAGGCAAUGGAGAACAUAUAGCAUUGAACUUGACUUGGGCCUUCAGACCAGGCUCAGUCGAGUCUCAGAAUGGCUGGAGCAUGUCUGGCAACUUUGAAAUCGACAACGGUCGGGUGCAGCGCUAUCCUCGGUCCGGCGAAUCCACUCAAACCGAAACUCUACCGGAGGCUCUUCAACAAAUGAUCGACGCAUUCAAUCCUUCGUCCACCACCAUCGUAGCAGAUCCAACAGCGACAAAGGAUCCCACAGCUCCCACCACCCCGGGUGAGUUGUCGGGUCCUCCCAGCAACGGUUCCGGUCUCUCCACCGGCGCCAUCAUCGGCAUCGCCGUCGGCGCAGGCAUCGCCGGGCUCCUCCUCAUCGGCGCCCUCGUUUGGUUCUGCUGCCGCCGCCGCCGCCGCCGUCGCCGCAGCGGCAAGACCCUAGGCCGGCCCGGCACCUACGGUUCCGACGCGGCCACCUCCCAGCAAGCCGCCAACAAGGAGACCCACGUCAACGUCGCCGAAUCCCCGCACUCCCCUUACUCCGAAGACGGCACGUUCCCGCCGCAGCAGCUCCGGAGCCACCAGUCGAACCACACGCGCGAGGGCGUCCCGCUCGUCGACCACGUCGAUGCGGCCCCGGCCAGCCGGUCGUCGAACGUCGUGGCGCCCUUCUCGGAUUCCAACUCGCCGACACAACAGUCACCGGUCGGCUCCGAACCCCGGUCGGGCGCUCGAUCGGUGACGCCUAACGUGUCGCACCUCAUCGAGGAGGGUAUGACGGAGGAGGAGAUCCGGAGGUUGGAGGAAGAGGAACGGGCCCUGGAUGACGCCAUUCAAGCUGCUCAAGGUCGACGCACAGCAUCAUGA